AUGAGUGCGGUCGCAUGUUACAAAGCAUUUGCUGUUGACUGGCUGCGACUGGCUAUGCCGCAGAGGCCUCCCGUCGUCCCAACAGUAGAUCCUGACAGCCAAGGUAUCUUGCCACCCAUAAUCAAGUCGUACGACAUCGUAUUCGAGGACAGUCUGGCUGAGAUGCACAAGAGCAGUCGGAGUAUCGGCAUGAUCGGUGAUAUACCAGAAUGUGUCGUGGGUGAGGCUGCCGCAGCCGCGACUCGCAGCAUCGUUCGUACCUCCGGCGCCACCGUGACAAUACAGCCGUGGCUAAAAAUCAAUUGCGAGAUUCUGAGCGGGCAGCAUCUUCAUAAGAGCAUCGAUAAAAAUGGGACGGCGUUGGGACUACAGCGCUGGGAGCGAUUGCGCCUACACACGACAAGGUCGCACAAUCCAGAACAUGCGCAUACUCGAAUGCCUGUCGCGAUCGUAUUGGUAUCCUCGGUACAACAAUCGCCACUCAUCGCAAGCCCCCGACGCGAAUACCGAGCUCUUAGGUCCACACGGUCCACCGCACCUGCGAUCAGAAGUACAGUGUCGAGAACACACCGGCUGCGACUCAGCAUCGCCCUCUCAGAGUUUCACUCCGGCCUAGUAGCCGAGAUGCGAUUGCGGAUGGGAGGAGUGCGAACGGCAGGCUAUAGACUCUAUUCCAGUGCGGUGAGGAUCCAGCUUUACAUUCCAUCGGCAACGGGUCCAGUUAUCUUUCUCUUGACCUCGUUGGAGCAUCCAGUUGGGGCGUUUGCGAACCAGGGCCCCUGUUCCAAGUUCGGCGCCGUGCGAUGCGAUGAGCUUCUCGCUUCCUACCUUGAGCCUUCGGGACGAAAGUUAGUCGAGCAGGGAAAGACGAAUGACGAGAGUAAGACGUAG